UGAUAUUUUCAUCAAUUUUUUCUCAUUUCUGCUGCUUGUUAAACAGAAUGGAUUGAGUGCUGCCUUGGUGGUUACGCAUGUCUUGGUCCAAGUUGUGAUGGAGCCGGAGAGACUUCAAAUGAAGAGGCCUUUUGAGUGCUACAGCACAAAUUUCUCAAUAAGAAAAGCACAGAUCGACAUUAUUUGCACGAUAUUACACCUAGUCCUUGACAGCAUCAUCAAUGGCGAUUCUAAGGCAAUAUAUCAGCAAAUGACAGGGUUGACGAAUUUCAGAUUGAGGAUUCCAUUGACUUACACGGUUGAACGACCCAUGAAAUGGAUAAAGAAUAUUGUCAAGGGUAAAUGUUUCUCACAGACCAUUGAACGAAGCGUCAUUUACUUGUUUGCAUUUGGAUUCAUGAUAUGGGCGUACCUUUUGAUCUUUUUAUUGAAAUGGUUUAUCUUGUUGCCAUCCAACUUUGUGCUCCAAUACUUUGAGAAAUCACAGAAUAAUGCAAAAAAAUAACACGACUGCCCAUACUUCAACAUAGAUGAACUGGUUCAAACAAUAUUGGUUAACAACUAAGCAUGAUCAGCUCUAUUUUGUACACUGCGGUGGCUACGGACAGGCACCGUUCCACUAACCACCAUUUUCAGAAUUUGGACGACUUGAAAGCGGAACCUGCUAUUGAUUUGGACAUUAACCAUAGGCAUCAUUUGGGGGGGGGGGG